CUUUGAUUCUUACCGCCACAAUGUUACUUUCUCUGCCUACCGAAGUGAUAGAACGCAUCAUCUAUUUAGCUUGCGAUACCGUCCGCACGGCCCUCCGAUCCACAUGCACAUAUUUGUGCAAGAUCGCCACGCCCAUUGUCUUCGAGACGCUGGUCAUCGAUAUCACGAAAUCCCAUUUCUUUAAUUCCCAUGAUCGAACAAGUUAUUUUGGAACCAUCGUUUCCAACAAGACAUUCACGCAAUAUGUCAGACACUUGCACCUUGUCUCGCUGAAGCCCCCAAGCAGGAAGCGUAUGGGCCCGUUAGAUUGGAUUUUGUUCAAGAGACUGAGGGAAAAGAGCUCGAAGGAUCUGGAAAGGUUGCUCGUCAUUGCGAUACCAUACUUGACAUCGCUGCAGAGCAUUCUGUACGACGGAUUCGAUAAGAGAUUCCUCGAAAAUAGCGCUCUCUGGAAGCAGAUAUCGACACUACCCUCUGUGUCUUCGCUAUCAGUACACGGCUGGCACGGUAACCGCAUCCCCAUCACUAACCUCCCCAAUCUCGCCAAGCUCAACAUCAUAGGGUCCGAUUGCCUCUCAUCUGUAGCCGUACUCAUAGCGAACAGUCCGAACCUAUCAUCACUUGGCGUCUACCACUGUUUUCAUCCUGCAAGCCUCUUUCCCCCAUCCCUGCUCACUCUCUUUUGUUGGUAUCCAAGUGGAACGUAUAGCUUCCUCACUGAAUUAUCUCUUUGCGGGAACUUCACUUUGCGCCGACCCGAAGUUCCCCUCCUGGUUCCCCACCUUCAUCACUUGCGAUCUCUUGAACUCUGCAUAGAUUUCAUACCGCCAGAGUUCUGGGCUUCAUUACAGGUGGAGCAGAUAUUCGUUCGGCAGUUAUCGCUCACCAUUUUGAAAUCUGAGCCGGUGGUUUUCGACUACUUGUGCUCUUAUACAGGAUUGGAAAGCCUGUUCCUGUGCAUCAGGACAGGGUCCAGGAAGGCGGCCAGGAGAGAUGUGAAAAGGGUAAACGAGAAACACGGGAAGACGCUGGUACAGCAGACAUGCGAGCUACCAGGGUUUUCGUCAGUAUGAUGCUGAAAAUUCGUAUGGUAUAUUGGACACAGAUAUCGUCAAGUGAUCUACGAUACGAAAGAAACCUAGACAAGUUUGCCCCUAACGUAACUCGUUGUACCUCCGUAAUGCAUGCGAAACAUUUACGUUGCGCGACCCUUUUGCCAGACUCUGUGAGGAC